AUGGCUUCCGAAGCAGACAGGAAAGUCGAUGUUGUGACAGCGCCGCCUGUCCAUCAUGGAGCCGACGAUAUGGAGAUCGGUAAAGCGGUUUCGAAUGAUGGCACCGACGUGAAUACAGACCCGGAGUUUGAAGGCCUGACUCUAUACGAAAAGAAAGCGUUGCUUGUCAACCGAGAGUUGGAUGAGCAAGGCAUGGGACGAUACCAAUGGACGGUCUUCUUUCUCUGCAGUUUCGGCUACUUGCUCGAUCUGACAUGGGCUCAAGCUUUCGGGCUGGUGGUGACACCUAUGCAGAACGAAUUCGGGUUUGGUGAUACCGAGUUGGGCAACAUCUUUACCUCUUUCUCUGCCGGCCUUACAGCCGGUGCGUUUGUCUGGGGCAUCCUCGUUGAUGUCAUCGGCCGGUCCGCGGCCUUCAACUACACAGUCUUGAUCUCCAGUAUAUUCGGAAUUUGUCUCGGAGCACCGAACUCAUAUAACGCGGUAAUUGUGUUGACAGCCUUUGUUGGAAUUGGAAUUGGUGGCAAUAUCCCAAUCGACACGACAAUAUGCUUGGAAUGCCUACCGCAGAACCGCCGCUGGCUACUGCCGACUCUCUCAGUCUUCCAGCCCAUCGGCGUGGUUCUAUGCAGCGGGAUAGCAUACGGCUUCAUCCCCAACUACUCGUGCGCACCCGACCUGGUGUCCUGCAACCGACCUGACGCGGGCACACCGUGCUGCACCAAAGCCGACAACUGGGGUUGGCGGUACUUGAUGUUCACCAUCGGGGCGAUCACCGUCGCCGUCUUCGUGCUCCGCUUCGUGGUCUUCCGCUUCAAGGAAUCGCCGAAAUACCUGCUGUACCGAGGUCAGGACGAAAAGGCGAUCGAGGUCCUCCAGCACAUUGCCCACUACAACAAGCGCGAAUGCCAUCUGACACUUGAGACGUUCGCCGCUCUGACUUCCGACUCCUCGUCCGCAAGCACCAGCGGCUCGGGAUCGCACGACGCGAUCCUGGGGUCUGGCUCGAACCAGAAGAACCUACCGCUGCGGCAACGGCUGAAGCUCGAACUAUCGCGCUUCAAGGUCCUGUUCUCCAGCUCCUCCAUGACCCGUCUCGUGGUCCUGGUCUGGAUCAUCUACGCCUUCGACUACUGGGGCUUCACGAUCGCGGGCUCGUUCCUGCCGACCAUUCUCGCCCGCAAAGGACGCGACCUCGGGCUCGGCCUGCGCGAGACAUACCGCUCCUACGUGUAUAUUUACCUCUUCGGCAUUCCCGGCGUCCUGGCCGGCACACUGAUCUACUCGCGCCGCCGGCUGGCGCUGUUGCUCUCGUCGGCGCUGUUUGGCGCCUGUCUGUUCGUCUUCACCGCCGUCAGCGACGAGCCGAGCUACAUCGGCGUCAACGGCCUGGUGUACUUCUUCCAGAGUAUGUUCAACGCCGUGCUGUAUGGCUGGACUCCCGAGGCGUUUCCGGCCCCUGUGCGCGGCUCCGCGUGUGGAAUCAGCAGUUUCUUUGGGAGAGUGUUUAGCAUCAUCGCGCCGAUUGCGGCGUCGCGGGUCUUUGCUCAUAGUCUGAACGGCGUUCUGUAUCUCGCGGGCGCCAGUGUUUGGAUCUGCACGCUCGCCGUGCUGUUCUUGCCGGCGCAGUAUUUGGGAACUCAGAGUUAUUAG